AUGGCGAUGGCCGCCGAGCCCAAAGUGUUGGGCACGCUGAUUGUCGUCGUUGCCUCCGCGAAAAACCUGCCCAACAAGUCGCGGUUUGGUAAACAGGACCCAUUCUGUACCGUCUCGUUAGGAGAGACAAAGCUCAAGACAAGGGCUAUCAAGCGCGGCGGGCAGCAUCCCAACUGGGAUGAGGAGCUGCGCUUCACGAUCAUGGAGGACGCCGACGACAUGAUCGCGGCGGCAGAAGCGGCGGGCAGCCUGUCAGGCAAAAAGGACACGCUGCCCAAGCUCCCCGAAGAGCCUGGCGUGGUCACGCCGCAGAGCAUGGCCAACAAGGCGCGGCAAAAGGCCGGCACAGGCAAGAAGGCCGGCGGCAAGAGCAUCAAGGUGGCGUGCUGGGCCGACGACCUCAAAGAGCCCGAGCUCAUUGGCGAGGUGGUCGUGCCCAUUGACGAGUGUCUCAAAAAGGGCGAGAUGGAUGACUGGUUCGAGCUCCAGUCGGCCAACGCCAAGGAGAAGUACACCGGCGACAUCUACCUCGAGCUCACCUUCUUCUCCAACAAAGCGCCGCCCGUCAAGCGCGAUGCGCCCAAGCCUCAGCCGUACAACAUGCCACCCAUCCGUCCGGGCCUGACUACGAGCACCUCACACGCCAAGCUCUACACCCCGCCAUAUGCCCAACCCGGCCGCGUGCCCUCUGGGACUGGUGAUCCGAACGCCGCCAUCACAUCGCCACCCCUGGCUGUUCCCGGUGGUGCCGCCCCGCAACGGCGACCUCUGCAGCACUCGGCGAGCUGGAACGACUUUGGUCUCCCGCCUCAGCAACAUCACGCCUCCGCACCCGGCCAGCCCGAGUUUCCCCCGGGCCAGUCCCCCAACCACAGCGCAAUCGACUCGCUUACCCGCCCAAUGGGGUCCAUGUCCAUCGGCUCCUCGUACCGUCCCCCGCAGGGCACGAUGCCUCCGCAGGGUGCCCAGACGCUAGGCAACCACCGCCACUCGCUCGCCGCGCCCAGUUCGGCAGCAGGUGCUCCCUGGUCGUCUCUACAGCAGCCGCAGCAAGGUGUCCCGCCCACCCAGCGUCCUGUGAGCGCCGACGCGCCGUGGAACUCGGCUCCGCCACCUGCCAAUGUUCCCCAGCGCCCAUUGUCGUCGGUCGGCCAGAUUCCUGCUCCGCCCAUGCAGCACGCACCUCCUCAGCAGCCCCAGCACCAACACCAAACUUCCCUCUCUGUCCCUGGAAGUGUAGGCUACCCAGGUCGCCCGGCCUCGACAGAGCCUCCCCGUGCGACGAGCCCCCAGCCGUACUACCCCGGUGCUCCCCAGCAACCGCCUCUGCAGCAGCCUGCCGCGCCAUACCAGCAACAGCAGCAGCAAGCGCCGUACACGCCUCCGCACCACGGCAGGACGUCGUCGGUGGGAGGAUACACCCAACCCCCGCCGCAGCCUCAGUACGAUCAGUACGCUCCCAACGGCCAGCCGCCUCAGCAGUACCCCGUGGUGCCCAAUGGCCAGCAGCAGGCGGCAUACCCCCCUGUUCCUCCCCCGGCGACACAGUAUAAUGGACAGUACCCCCCGCAGGCUGCACCGCCCACCCAGCCAGACCACCGCCGCACGUCGUCGUUCGGUGGCCAGCAGCCUCCACCUGUUCCGCCUGCGCCGAGCCAGUAUCCUCAGCAGCAGCAGCAGCCGCCACCCCAACAGCCUCCCCAGCAGCCGCCCCAGCAGCCAUACCCGCCCAACAACCAGCAGCAGCCUGCAACGACCACUGGCGGGUACGUGCCUUGGUACAUGCAGACCCAGAGUAACAACAACUCGCCGGUGGCUGCGCCGAACCAGUACGGCUCGACGCCUGCUCCGUACGGAUCUCCGAGCCACACGCAGGCGCAGCCCAACCCUCCACCUCCGCCUCGCCACAGCGGCGUCGGGUACUACCCCUCGGACGAGCUGUAUGCUCAGCAAAACCCUCAACAGCCGCCGCCGCCUCAGCAGCAGCCGCAGCCACCUAAUGCCAGCUACAACAACAACCAGUACCCCCAGCCCCAGCAGCAGCAGUACCCUCCACCAGCGGCCAACAACACGCGCUACACGCCUCCGCGUGUCAACACGGCGCAGCCCCAGGUUGCCCAGCCGGCGUACUCGCCGUCCCGGGGGUCAUCGUACCCGCCUUACAAUGCUCCCCAGCCGCCCAUCCAGCCUCCCCAGCAGGCCCCGUCAAAUGAGGCGCCAUGGGCUCCUAUGCAGCAGCCAACGUAUAAUGCUCCAGGACCCGGACCGGCGCCCACCCCGUCGCAGACGGCGCUCUACGCGCAGCAAAACACCGAUUUCCGUCCGGGCACAGCGGCGCCGGAUGGAUGGCACAGCACUGUGCCCUCGGCCAUGUCGACGCACGGCACCAUCUCGCGUCCCCCCGCCGGCGGCGGCCCUCCCCCGCCCCCCAUGCCGCCAUCCGGCAGCGGCCCGAGCAACACGGACUGGAGGAGCUACCUGAGCUCCAUCGGCGGUCCCGGUGGCCCCCAGCAGCAGCAGCAGCACCCGCAGGGCGGCAUGCAGGCCACGCCGCCGCCCCACCCCAUGCGCGCCGCCAGCCCGCAGCCGCCGCCCCGGCCGUACGCCGACCCCAACAGCGCACAGGGCACGCCGACGCGCCCGCCGUACGGCCAGCCCCAGGCGCACGUACAGCACCCGCCCAGCGGAGACUGGUACACGCCCCCGCCGGCCGUGCCGGCGAGCAUCAUGCCCGACUACCGGCCGCCCAACCAGCCUCAGUGGCAUUAG